ACCUCACCACCUCCGAACACAUCACAAAUACAAUGGCGUGGUUGCAAUUAUCAGAAGAGUCCAAGGAGCGCAUCGCGCGCGUCCUGGACAUGUCAAGAGUCGCCAUCCAUUACGGAUACCUCCCUCUCAUCAUCUACCUGGGCUACACGAAGAGCAAUCCGAGACCAUCGCUCAUCCGAUUGUUCUCUCCUUUGGCGCAGUAGAGCUUCACACGAUGGCAAGAUUGGACACCGCGGUCGAGGCACAACGAAGGAUCGCGACAAGAGCUUGAGGAUGGAAUGUACAAUACAGUGACCCGCAUCGAAGAAGGCAGACAUGAAGCGGGAAGGGGAUGCAUGGUCAGGCGCAAAAGGAGUCUACGAAGGAGAAGUCCACGGACGGAGGACAAGCAUCGCCACUAUUUGAACACAAGCGUACGGCUUGCGAGUGUACAAAAGCAUGGAAAAGAGAACCGCGACAAGCAAGUGAGGAGCCGCAGACUUAGUCUCAAGAACAAUUGAGCAGGCAGCCGGCCAUCAGCUUAUGUCUGUAGCCUCUCUGCAUCAGGUUGUCGCG